AUGCCACCGAUCAGGUGUUCGUUCACUUUUAAAGAAAAAGUAGAUAUUAUUAUGAGGUUGAAAAAUGGUGAAAGCAAUGUUGAUCUGUGCAAAAAAUUCAACGUUUCACAUUCUACAAUAUCAACAAUGUGGAAAAACCGCUUUAAAAUAAUGGAGUGUUUUGUAUCAAAAUCUGGGAAAAUUAAAAAAAAUCGCAAUUCAAGUCAUCAAGAUAUCGAAAGUGCUCUUCUAUUGUGGAUCAAAGAUCAAAGAAGCCAAAAUGUUCCUAUAAGUGGUAGACUGUUACAAGAAAAAGCUAAUCAUUUUGCCAAACUCAUUGGAAAGACUAACUUUGAAUGCUCUGAAAGCUGGAUAUACCGAUUUCGCCAACGUCACGAUAUUGCAGUCGGUAAAAUUUGUCGAGAAACAGCUAGUGUCUCGAUUAAACAUGUAUUAUCUAAUCAAGACAUUGUACUGGAUCAAGAACGCCAUUCGUUAAAUGAAGAGGUAAUCAUGGAUCAGGAAUUACCUCAAUCAAACGUACCCACUGUUUAUUCUAACUCUUCAGACCACUUAAUAAUUAAUCAUUCCACUGAUGGUGAGCGAGAAUCAAUAGUUAAGGACGAGAAAGUUACGGAGACGGAGUCUAAAGAUGAAAAACAAGAUAAAAAAACUCAAGAAAAACCAUCAAUAGAUAGCACGUUAUCGCCAAAACCCUUACUGCCAGUAAAUUUCCUUAAAUCAUGUAAAAAGAAUUUGGCAGAAAUGACAAGAGAAGAACUCGAAGAAUUUUGUAUUCUAAAAAUCGUAGAAAGCGUUGUCGAUCGAAGCAAUUCAAGCGAAAUGAACUUACAGUUAAAGUCGAUGGCACUUAACAUAGCAGACUAUAAGAAAAAACCUGAAAUACUCAUGAAACAAAACCGAGUCUUCCAGGUUGUUUUAAAAUCAAUUCAAGAAGAACAGAAGAAAAACUCAAUUAUUCCUUUGAAAAAAACUCGAUCUAUUGGUAUACAGGUGUUGAUUAAGGAGACGCCAAGUAGUAAAAAGUUUAUGACACCCAAUAAAUACCAAAAUGAGCUACCUCUCAAUUCUAUCAAGUCAGCUAAAUGUCAGUGUCCGAAAUCACCUAAAGGUCAAAAUCAGAAUAAUCAACAAUACCAUGUACCGAAAAUAGUCCCAGCUGUUAACAGUAUUAAUACAAAUAAUAAAGUCCUAAUUCCUGCGCCAAUAGCAACAAAAACGAAAAACAGUAUACCAAAUGGAAUAAAAAUUUCACCGCCUAUGUCUAAGCCGGAAAAACGUUCAUAUGACAAGAUGCAGCAAGGGAAUUCUAUUACAGAAGAUCUUACAGAUGACGAACCUCCUUCAAAGGUUGAUCAUCGAAAUAUAGCGGUACCUGCUAAAUUGGUUCCACAACAAUCUCUACUAACUCCACAAAGGCCACAGUUCGCAAAUUCAGUAAACACUUCAAGGAAAGUGUAUAAACCCAUAAGCGGUUCACAAAGUCAAGUUGGAGACGCUAUUGUGUUUCAACAAUUGUUUUCUCAUGAUCUGAGGUUACAAGGACCUGUCUUAUUGCCAAAACCUGAUACCUCAGUAAGAAUGUCUAGAAUAGCUGCAAGGCAUCCAGCGCCCUUACCGGAUUCUAUAAAACAAUGUCAACCUCCUAACUGGAAGGCUUUACCUCCCGCACCUGAACUUAAACUAUCUAAAGUAGAAAAUGGUAUAGUUAUCUCAUGGAAAAUAAACGAAUGCCAAGAAGAAAACCAUGAAGAAAUAGCUAGUUAUCAGUUAUACGCAUAUCAAGAGACAUCUUUACCCCCAAAUACAGCUCUAUGGAAGAAAAUUGGUGAUGUCAAAGCUCUACCUUUGCCUAUGGCAUGCAUUUUGACACAAUUUAUGGCGGGAUAUGAAUACUAUUUCGCUGUCAGGGCCGUCGAUAUCCGAUCUAGACUAGGACCGUUUAGUUUACCCGGAAGUAUACUUUCUUUUGAA